AUGCGCGUCCUGACAGGAUUCAGCAUCGUCGCUGAGCUUGGGGAGAUGAUCUAUGCCCACACGGCUGUCUCGCAGGCACUGACUACGCCCGGCAUUGCUGACCUCAACAAGCACAUCUUUGACAGCAGCUGGGACUGCAUCGGGAAAAUGCCAGCCUACCUCAAGUCUCUCGAGUACAAGAACCCGGACCAGCCCGAAAACACCCUCUCGCACUACACCACCGGGACAGAUUUCUUUGCCUACCUACGCAACGACCCGGCACGACUUGUCCGCUUCAACUCGGCCAUGAAAGGUGCCGGAGGGAUCCUUGCAAGUCCGAUCCCGACCCCUAUCCUUGAAGCCGCAGGAGCAGCAGUGGGCCCGGCCGGCGUGGUCAUGGUCGACGUUGGCGGCGGUAUCGGCCAAGUCACGGAGAAAGCGAUGGAAGCACACCCGGCCAUCAAGGGACGCUUCCUCGUGCAGGAUCUUGGCAAAAUCAUCGACGAGGCGAGGGCAAAGAAGCCCACAUUCGAGGUCAUGGACUAUGACUUCUUCACGGAGCAGCCAGUGAAAGGAGCCGGCAUAUACUUUAUGCGCCGUGUCAUGCACGAUUUUCCGGACAGUAAAUGCCGCGAAAUCCUCAGGAACCAGGUCUCCGCCAUGACGGCCGGUACCUCGAGGCUUUUGGUCUGCGAAACUGUCCUACCGGCCACAGGAUGCAGUGGCUUCGAGAGCCUGGCUGAUAUUAGCCGCACGACGUUCUCUUCCAUGCAGCGCACGGAGCAGCAGUGGAGAGUGUUGCUGGAGAGUGUGGGUCUAAAGGUGGUCAAGAUUUGGAGUGCUGUGGCUGGGCCGUUUGGCGUGAUCGAGAGCGUCCUUGCGUGA